CUCACAUGAGCCCUUGGAUGCGGAAAAAGCGUAUAAUUAGCUAAAAAGGGCUUUUGGCGCAGAUCUGCACACAAUCUGCGCAAAACCCCUCCAGAUAUGAAGGCGUUUAUGUGCUCCUGAGUGUUUUUUAUGCAUGGGGGGAGGGGACCCCUGCGCAUCACUGAGUGUGUGUGGAUGGAUGGAUGGCGUGGUCUUCUCUCUCUCUCUCUCUCUCUCUCUCUCUCUCUCUCUCUCUCGCCCGCACAGCAUCAUCACUCGCUUCGCAGCAACAGCCUCUUACGGCUUCAUCCUCCUCCUCAUCCUCAUUCUUCAUCACCACCAUCUCCGCGCGGAGGAGGCACCGAGCGUCGCAGGAACUGAAGAAAAGAAAAGCCUGUUGUCAGCCGAGCUCUUCAGAUCUCUGAGGUGUAUCCUGAACGUUCAGGAGGCCUCUUCACACAACGUUUGACCACCUUUGCGUCAACUGAACCUUUUUGAAAUGGAGGAAGGCUACCAAAACCGGACUGCCUUCAUUAAAGGUGCCAAAGACAUUGCCAAAGAGGUCAAGCGGCAAGCCUCUAAGAAGGUUGGGCGCUCAGUGGAUCGGGUGACCGAUGAAUACAGCAAGCGCUCCUACAGUCGCUUUGAAGAGGACGAUGACGACGACUUCCCAAGACAGGGCAGCCAGGAUGGAGGUUACUACCGUGGAGACAGCCAGGCGGCCAAUGACGAUGAGGCCGGCCACAGUGACUCCACAGAGGGUCACGAUGAGGACGAUGAGAUCUACGAGGGCGAGUACCAAGGAAUCCCCAGGGCCGAGUCGGGCAAAGGCAGCCUGGCCGGUGGGCCGGGCUCCGUGGAUGCCGGCUCUCAGCAGUUCAGAGAUAUCGGGGCGUCCGAGGCCGAGAGGAGGAAGGACCAGGAGGUGCUGGCUCAACAGUACGAGACCAUUUUACAAGAAUGCGGUCACGGGAAGUUCCAGUGGACCCUGUACUUUGUGCUGGGGCUGGCUCUCAUGGCCGAUGGCGUUGAGAUCUUUGUGGUCGGCUUUGUCCUCCCCAGCGCUGAGAAGGAUAUGUGCCUGUCUGAACCUAACAAGAGCAUGCUGGGUCUGAUCGUAUAUUUCGGGAUGAUGGUGGGGGCUUUCCUCUGGGGGGCUCUGGCUGACCGGAUAGGCCGUCGGCAGUCUCUUCUUAUCUCGCUCUCCAUCAACAGCAUCUUCUCCUUCUUCUCCUCCUUCGUCCAGGGCUACAGCACCUUUCUGUUUUGCCGGCUCCUCUCGGGUGUCGGGAUCGGUGGAUCGAUUCCCAUCGUGUUUUCCUACUAUUCCGAAUUCCUGUCCCAAGAAAAGCGCGGCGAGCACCUCAGUUGGCUCUGCAUGUUCUGGAUGAUCGGGGGAAUAUACGCAUCGGCAAUGGCCUGGGCUAUUAUCCCACAUUACGGAUGGAGUUUCCAGAUGGGCUCAGCGUAUCAGUUCCAUAGCUGGCGUGUGUUUGUGUUAGUGUGCGCAUUUCCGUCUGUUGCUGCCAUCGCCACCCUCAGCGUCGUGCCAGAGAGCCCACGCUUCUACUUGGAGAACGGCAAACACGACGAAGGGUGGAUGAUUCUGAAGCAAGUUCACGACACAAACAUGAGAGCAAAGGGACACCCAGAGAAGGUGUUUUCUGUCACCACCAUCAAGACGGUGAAACAGAUUGACGAGUUGGUGGACACUGGCACCGACACUCCGGUUUGGAAACGCUACAGACUGAAGAUUAUUAGCCUCUCCCAACAGAUCCGGCAAAACAUCCUCGCCUGCUUCAGCCCUGAAUACAAACGGACUACCUUCAUGCUCAUGGCUGUGUGGUUCACCAUGUCUUUCAGCUAUUACGGCCUGACGGUGUGGUUCCCAGACAUGAUCAAGUACAUCCAGAAGCAGGAGUAUGAAUCAAAGACAAAGACCUUCACCAAGGAACGAGUGGAGCAUGUCACUUUUAAUUUCACACUGGAAAACCAAGUGCAUAGCCAGGGACACUACUUCAAUGACAAGUUCCUCAACCUGAAAAUGAAAUCCAUGGUGUUUGAAGACUCUGUGUUUGAGGAGUGCUACUUCGAGGACAUCACCUCCACACACACCUUAUUCAAAAACUGCACCUUCGUUGCAAGUUUGUUCUACAACACAGAUUUGUUCAAAUACAGGUUUGUCAACUGCAAACUGCUCAACAGCACGUUCCUCCACAACAAGGAGGGCUGCAUGCUCGACUUCAGCGACGACUUCAACAAUGCCUACAUGAUAUACUUUGUCAACUUCCUCGGCACACUGGCAGUGUUGCCUGGCAACAUUGUGUCGGCUCUAUUAAUGGACAAAAUUGGUCGUUUACGGAUGUUGGCGGGAUCCAGCGUCAUUUCUUGUAUCAGCUGUUUCUUCCUGAUGUUCGGCAACAGUGAGUCGGGGAUGAUCGCUCUCCUGUGUCUGUUCGGUGGCAUCAGCAUCGCCUCGUGGAACGCCCUGGAUGUGAUCACAGUGGAGCUCUACCCCUCGGAUAAAAGGUGCACGGCCUUUGGCUUCCUGAAUGCUCUCUGCAAGCUGGCGGCCGUCCUGGGCAUCAGCAUCUUCCAGUCAUUCGUCGGCAUCACCAAGGCCGUGCCCAUCAUCUUUGCUGCCGGCGCGCUCGCUGCAGGUAGUUUCCUUGCAACCAAGUUGCCUGAAACGCGAGGCCAAGUGUUGCAGUAAAGCAGGUGACCAGCAGAGGGCAGGAGAGUACAGCUGGAGUGUGUUUUGACCACUAGAGCCCAAACAUUCCUGAGAGCUUCAGCUGCUGCCCAUCACACACCAACAGACUGCCCCCGCCCCCACCCCCCCCAUUGUAAGCCCAGAAUCCUCUGAAAUAUGGAUCGCGUCUUUCAAAGUCCCAACAGACCCACAGAGAUUAACAGACGUAGAGAUAAACACCGGUGUCAUGGUGACACGACUACAUCACUUUAUUUCAGCCACCAGGUAAAAAGAAAUCUGAUCCUUUACGGACGUGUAAUACUCACAGGCUGAUGUGGUAGAGGUGGAAACGUGCUGUUAUGAUUUAAAAUGCCCAUAGAUCUCCCCUGAAAAGACAGAGUGGUCAAAUGAAACAGAAAAAAGGCAGAUUUGGGGGAACGUGUGCAAAGAUUUCCAGAUGUAUGUGAUUGUGUUUUUAUUUCUCAUCCGUCCACAGCCUCAGUGACUAGUUUUCAGUGGUGCUUGUUUAUUAGAAUUUCCUAUUCAGAUGCUCAUAGACGUGUGUGAUGAAUAGUUUUUUAUUUUAAAAAAGCCCUCAAAAUUAAUUUCAGGUUGAUUUAAAUCCCUCUAAAAGCCACAAUGACCCCCCUCGCCAACUGCUGAGCACAAGUAGAAGAUUCACUCAUAAACAAAGAGUUGAACUCUUCCUGUAUAAAUCCAGUCUGUUCCUCUUUGUAAAGCCUCCCAACACUGGUGAAGUUACAUUUCACAGGAUUCUCAGUUGUAAAUGGGAAAAGUUUGAUCCAGUUCCUGAGUGUUCAGUGUUAAACGUCAAGUGCUAAAUGUGAGAGCCGAUACAAAAGCAUAAUAAUUGAUGAAUUAUUUGCGUGUGUGUGUGUGUGUGUGUUGUAUGUGAGUGUGUGCGAUUGCUUAUGUACACGUGUGAUUUAUUCCUUUAAGCACCAACAUUUCCUGCGAUUCAGUGCAGCCACACUCUUCAGUCAUUUGAUCCAACAGCAGAAUGUACGGAACGGCGGUUUCAUAAUUUUAGGCUAAUUUCUAAAUAUUAUAUAUUUAAUAUUUCUCAUGCAGUAGCUGAGGUGUGGUGAAAUGCUUGAUUAUGUUUUCAGCUAGUAGUAUCUUUUAGCAUCACUGCACUGACUUACUGUACAUGCAGGAUCAUUUUUCCAUCCCUCAUGCAUUGCAGAAUUAAUCAGCCUUAAAAUGACACUAAACAAGGAUUUAGUUAAUUUUGACCUUGGAAAUAGUAGUUAUGCAAAAUCAAAAUUUUAAUCAAAGUCCUGUCACCAGGCCUUUUUCCAAAGCUUUUCAACUUUACCUUGCAUAGUUGUUUUACGAGAAAGAAAAGCUCUGAGAAAAGUUAAUCAUGGAAUUUGAUGUAAGAUUUUUUUUGUUGUCAUUAGUCAUUUAAUUAUUUUGUCUUUUUCUGUUUGGCCUCAAAACAACAAAAACAUUUUUUUAAUGCUCCUCAGACAUCAUGACAUGACGUCAUUGGCCUCAUAAGCACAUAUCAAAUGGGACCAAAAGAAGAAUAAGUUGUUUAAAGGAGUCGGCUUGAUCAGGCAGAGAAACAAAGAUUACAAAGUCACUCGUCCAAUUUAUUUUAAGGGCUUAAUUGAAGGUGUUCAGUCAUUCCUCCACUCAAGUUAUCAAACGUGCUCCUGCAUGAUACUGUUCAACCGUCUUUGAUAGUAUCACAGCUACUUUACAGAUUGUCUGUUGGAAAUUUGAUCUCAAUUGGACACGAUUACUCCAGAAGGGAAGAUAAUUGAGUUGUUUAUACAUAUCACUACUUCGGUAUUAUUUCUCCAAAGGUGUACAUCAAUAUGUGUGCUGACAAUCAGUGAUUGAGUACAUGAGUGGUGGUGGUGCUGCCGCCUGGUGGAGAGAAAUGUUCUGCCCUAAAGACGUCCUCUGGAUUGUGUGUGUGUGUGUGUGUGUGUGUGUGUGUGUGUGUGUGUGUGUGUGUGUGUGUGUGUGUGUGUGUGUGUGUGUGUGUGUGUGUGUGUGUGUGUGUGUGUGUGUGUGUGUGUUUGAGGGAGCCUUUGAAGGAUGAGUUGGACUUUUUGGGAGUACACUUAUUCACUUUGGUUAGUGUAGCUUAGCACAAAGACUGAAAGCGGAGGGAAACAGCUAGCCUGGCACCUAGUCAAACACAUAAUCUGCCAUAAAACCACAACUUGUUAUUUUUACUCUUUUAUAUUCUUUGUACAGAAUAAAGAGACGUGAUAUAACAUCUGUUAUGUAUCUUUUAUGAUGUUAAUUUCUGAUAGAGCCGGGCUAACAGUUUCCCCCUGAUUCCAGUCAUUAUGCUAAGCUAUGCUAACUGACUGCUGGCUAUAGCUUCAUAUUUACCGAGUGGUAGCGAUAGUAUUUCCCAAAAUGUUGAACUCUUCCUUUAGUAUUUGCAAAUGUGGAUCACAUUCUGAGGAUCACAUCUCUUCUUUGCUGUUUGUGAGUCUUCAGUGAACAACGUUGUUCCAUGUUGUGUGUCGUCUGAGAGGCAGUUUGGAUGUUGUUGUUGUCGUUGUUGUUAAUGUGCGGGUGUGUGCAUGAGACUCUUAAAUUGUCUGUCACGUAUUUUUCUACUUUUUCUGUUGCGGUAUUUUCAUCCCUGGGAUGAAUACAGCUCAGCUGGGGACCACAGAAAUAUAUUUACAAUAACAGAAGAUAAAGAAAAAACUUAAUGCAAUAUAUGCAGUGUCGAAUUUAUUUGUGUUGUUCUUCAUAAUAGACUCUGGUGCUCUUUUGCUGAAACAGUUCAGUCUUUAAAACGAACCCUGUCAAAGGAAACCAGUCUCGGAGAAAACGCACGUGACCUGUUCCUCUGUUGGGAAACACGGUGGAAGGAUCACAUCUUAAAUCAAGACAACUUCACCCUCCGCUCCUUCUGUAUUCAACCGAUUGUGACGCAUGUUUGUAUCGUAUUGUCUGACUUCUUGGACGUCCUGUAUGCCAGCCGUUAUUUUGUCUAAAAGCAAGAACUUGUGUUUUCAUUGUUGUAUGAUGACAUAGAUUUGUUGCUUGCAGUGAUUGUUCUUAAUCAAAGUGGGGUUCAAAAUUGGUAAAACUUGAGUAUGUGUUUCUGAAAGUCAGUUAGUGGUGACUGUGCUCCUUGUUUACCUUGGACCCAGGUAACUCUUUAAUAUAAAUAUAUAUAUAAACUGUAUAUGCCUGAAUUUUGUGGAGGAGGAUGCUUUUACUCGUGCAAUUCAUCUUGUCACAGAGCUGGAGAAAUGGCUUUGCUGCUGCUGAAGUGAAGGGAGCUGAAAAAUGUGCACAAAUUAAGAGCAAAAAGUAAAAUUUGACACAAGCUCAAUUGUCCGAAUGAGUCUAUUUAAGAGGAGGAAGUGAAGUGGAAGUGAAGGGGAAACAGGAAGUGAGCGUUUAACUCAAAACUCAUCAAAAGAGCAUCCUCUGUCAAGAGCUCCUGUCCAAAAUGUUAAAGUUUACUAUUUAAUGUUGACUAUGUGUAAAAUUUACAUUAUGUAUAUAUAUAUAAUAUAAUAUAUAAUAUAUAUAUACAUACAUUAACACACACACACAUAUAUAUACAAACUCUGCAAAGGGCGGUCUGAUAAACGGACAGGGGACUUUUCAUGGCACGGCCUCUGGUCUCCUCUCAAGAGCACACGGAUCAGUCCUGAACGAAUCCCGACAAAAGAAAAAAACAGGACCGGCCCGAUGCCAGAAAACAACUCCUUCCUCUGCAAAGAAUUCUUCACCGUCGCUUGGACUGAAGGAGUGUCUGUUUUUUUCUUUUCUUUAGUUUGACUCGGAUCUGUUUAUUCAAUGAUAGAAGUUCUACUCUAAAUGUGAGUUCAAUUCAGAAAUCAAUGUACUGUGUGUAGAAACUGUAGAUGUUUGUACGUGCAAGUAUGGAAUUUGUGGAACAAAAGAUUCAAUUCAAAAAAAAAAAAAAAGAAGAGAAAAAUCUA